UCUCUGCGCAGUCUUGCAAGUGUGAUCAUGAAAAUUGUGGGCAGGAGGUGGCAACUUCUCAUAGCCUCAUCUAUCCUACUCGCAGCAUACACGUGCAAGAUUAGUGUUGCUACUUCAUUCGCAACCACAUCUGACCAGUUCAAUUGGGUGGAAAACACUAUCAUCUAUCUCAAUGUUCCAGAAUGGAUGAACAGUGAAGUUAAAAGUUAUGAUGGCAACAGGAGUUUGUGGCGAAAGGAAAUAGUCAACAUGUCUAAAUCCACACAAUGGAAUACCACUCCAGUACAAGAAGGUUCUAACAUCACUUUCAAACAGCCUGACACUUGGGCAUGGGCCAACUCCAAUUGGUUCAUAGAAGUUUGGUUGCUAUUGAUAAAUAUCUCCAUCUAUUGCACAAUCGUCUUCAUUCAUCGAUGGGUAAUUCCUCUGUGGCAUAUGCUCAGCACAACUACAACAACAAGCAAGCUUUGGUGGUUUCUUGCUGUUGUUCUGCCAGAUCCCUGGGACCAAGAAGGAUAUCUUGACACAAUCACAUUUACUGACUACGGCAUUCCUGCAUAGAAGUCCUGCUUUGAUUUGGAGAACAUAAACAUGUUAUGUGUACACUGUAAACUUGACACUGACUAUACAAAAUUACAUUCACCAGUUUUGGUAACAUGAGUAAUACGUACCCAAUGGUACAAUUUUAAGUGUUGCAGUACAAAUAUUGCACUUUUGUUAGUAAUUCCUUCAAUAAUAAAGUAAAUGCUGU